AUGCUAUCAUUUUGCCAUGGAUACCAUAACCUUCCCCACUUCUCUACUCCAUCCACUGUUCUAGAAUUUUCAUUACUGCAAUUGGGAAUUUUUUUCUUUUUCUUUUCUUUUUUCUUUUUUCUUUUUUCUUUUUUCUUUUCUCUUCUUUCUUUUCUCUUCUUUCUUUUCUCUUCUUUCUUUUCUCUUCUUUCUUUUCUCUUCUUUCUUUUCUCUUCUUUCUUUUCUCUUCUUUCUUUUCUCUUCUUUCUUUUCUCUUCUUUCUUUUCUCUUCUUUCUUUUCUCUUCUUUCUUUUCUCUUCUUUCUUUUCUCUUCUUUCUUUUCUCUUUCUUUUCUCUUCUUUCUUUUCUCUUUCUUUUCUCUUCUUUCUUUUCUCUUUUUUCUUUUCUCUUUCUUUUCUCUUCUUUCUUUUCUCUUUCUUUUCUCUUCUUUCUUUUCUCUUUCUUUUCUCUUCUUUCUUUUCUCUUUCUUUUCUCUUCUUUCUUUUCUCUUCUUUCUUUUCUCUUCUUUCUUUUCUCAGCAAAUUUUUGUUUUCUUUCCUUAUUUCUUUUUCUUUCUUUUCCUUCAAAACUUAUUUCUCUUUUUUUUCUUUUUUUUUUUUUUCCUUCUUCCCUUACUUUUCAUUCACAUUUUUCUUAUUUCUGUUUUGCCUUUUUUCCUUUCUUUUUCUUUGGCUAAAGUUGAGUUUCUAA